UGGUUUUGACACAUUGGUUGUUUACUUUAAAGAACAAACUUUAUUUUACGUAGUAAGAUUUUAUGAAAAAAGACAAUAUUGGCAUAAAUUAUGUCUUCUUCAUCAGACAGUGAUUCUGAGCACGAGCACGAAGUAAACAGACUUGGGGAUUGCGAAGUAUGCGGUAAAAACAAAGCUAAAUACACUUGCCCCAAGUGCGAGGUAAAGACUUGUUGCCUGGACUGUGUAAGGAUACAUAAAAAGGAGCUGGAAUGUGAUGGCAUUAGAGACCGCACGAAGUUUAUCAGAAUAAAAGAUUUCACGGACACAGACCUGCUGAGUGAUUACAGACUGCUAGAAGAAUGCGCACGAUUCGUAUAUGGCGUUAAAAUAGAUGAGAAGAAGAAAUAUACUAGGGUUGACAAGGAAUUACCAAUUUAUCUAUUUAAGCUCAAAAUGGCAGCCAGGCAACGGGGUACAGCCUUACAAUUCUUAGCACAGAACUUCUCAAGGCACAAAGUUAACACCACUAGGUACAAUAAGAAAAACAACGUAAUCAACUGGCGAGUGGAGUGGGUGUUCCCUAAUGUUGAGUCAGAACCUCUCAAGUUUGUUGAUGAAAGGUGUGCAGAACACAAGAGACUGUCAGAGCUCUUGGACAAGUAUUUGAACCCAGAUGCCUUGCCUUUUGAGGGGUCAAAGGCAUUAACCUACUAUAAAGCAGUGGGCUUUAGUGGGGUCAAAAUAUUACUUAGAGCUGAGAAAGUAAAAGGCUCUGGAAGGAAGUUCUUUGAACUGGAUCCAACAGAAUCUUUGGCUGAAAACCUAUCUGGGAAGUGCAUAGUAGAGUUCCCAAUUGUAUUUGUUGUACUUAAAGAUCAUGCCUACAACUUUGAAAUUAUCACACCAGAAGAUGAAAUUGAAGAGAAAAUCAAUACAAACACUGAACAAGUAGGUACCACUAGUAUAGAAAACAUUACACCAGUACUUAAUGGAAAACCAGAUACUGUUGCAAAUACUGAAAGCAAGACAAAUGGAAACACAGAACAUUCUAGAAAGAGACCUAGACAGCUACUCACAGAGAAGGUAGCCCAGGAGAAGAAAAUGGAGAUUGAGAAAGAGAUCAAAGCAGCAAGAAAGAAGAAACCCAAGAAUCUCCUAUUUACUACUGGGUAUUCAUCAGAGGAGAGUAUGGAUGAUGGCGAUAGUGGGGAUGAAGUGAAAACUUAAGUGUUACAGGAGAAGUCUAGAAAUCUGAUAAAUUACUGAAGAUUUUGAAAAAAGCAUUUUCUCAAUACACAACUAAUGGUUAUGACUGUGUGAUAUGUGAUGUUUGUGUAUGUCAAGCUUAUCUUGUAAAAAAUAUUUUCAUUCAUUCGUCAUAAAAUACAUAUAUAUAAUUAGGUAUUGAUUACUAACUAAAUACAUAACAAAGUUAAACUUUCAGAAAUUCUAUUUAUUGUAUUUGUAUAGCUACCAAAUGGUUCUCUGUUAAUAUAAACAAAUAUUCAUUGGUGGCAUUGAUUCCUAAUACUUCUCCAUACUUAUCAAUGUUAAACACAUGUUGUUGGCCUAUUUUUAUGGUCCUCAUAGUGCCUCCAGUCCUUUUCCUGAGUUGACUGUCUUGGUUACUGUUGGUUUGAUAGAUGAAUAUAUGUCUGGUAGCUUCACAUACAACACUGUAUGAGAAGUUAGGAGGGCAUGUGACAAACUUCCGGUUUUGUUUUGAUGACUGUACAUAUCCAAAUGCACUGAGAGAGCCCUGGUGUUUCACUGGCCAUGUGUUGGAGUUUACUAGCUGUGCAUAUGGUUGCCAGAUGCAGGCAUCUACAUCAUGUCUUAGUGCUAGGGCUGGCACUUCUUGUGUUUCAAUUUUGAUACUGAACAAGUAUUGGUGAACACUCAGCGGUGCUCUGUGUGUCACAUUGUGAUUUGUUGCAUCCAGCCUCACUGAAAUAAUCAAGAGCUUUUAUGAAAAAUACAAAUAUUAUAAAAAUAUAUCUUUAAUACUUUAUUACAAAAAAGUUUACCUAGAACUGUAUCUUCUUCAGAUGCAGCAUCACAUUCUUCAAGCUCCUGGGUAGAUAAGCCAGGUACAGCAGAGUCAGCCAUUACUUCAGUUUCAGCGCACAGAUGUGCCAGUCGUCUGUGGGCCUCCUCCACUAAGCUAGCAUCCAUAAUUUGCUCACCAUUAGGAUCUCCCCCCUCCACCAGGUUGUCCCACAGCAUGCUCUCAGAUUUAGUCAGGAGCAAAUCAACUUGGCCAUUCUCUUGGACAUUCCAUGUUGUAAGUUCACUGUCCACUUUGUGGUUCAGUUUUCCAUCAACAAAGGUCUUGCCAGCAUAGGUCACCUUUAUUUGCAAUGGUGUGACACUUACUAUCAGAAGUGUUUUGUUAAAGUUGGGCUCAAGUUUUAAAGUGAUUGUGAUAUCUUCGGUUGUCUGCAGCCAUGUGUAGAUGAUAGUCCGGGGUGUCUCCAUAGAGGGUUUAACAAUUUCCUUUUCAGAAUCUAAGGUGAAUUUGAAUGUGUUGUCAGAGGCAAUGUACAGUGCAGUACAACUUGUUUCUAUAGCAGCAUAGUGCACAAUGCCUUUGCCUUGUACUUGUCUGAAACUCAUCUGCUUCCACCCUUGAUCUUCUUUGUCAAAGGUGACCCAAGUAAGUACAGAGUCAAAGUGUGACUCAUUCUGCUCAACUGAUUGCAGAAGGCAGUGUAAUGUCUCUAUAUUAUCCUUUUCUUGCAUUCUAGAGUCCAUUAUAAUAAAAUAUUUCCCUUCCCCAAGAAUAAGACUUGACUGAACUGUUUGCCAUUCUUGGUUUCUACCAGAUGGGCGAUUUCUUGCACCUGUAUCAACAAUGUGCAAAUAUCCUGUGCCGUCACUAACUACAGCUACACUCUCUGAUGGGAAAGACAAGCAUAGGUUGAAGUGGCCGGACCUCCUUUCUACAUGUGCAGGCACGUCAUAAACAACUUGGUUAUGGAAUGAUUGAUUUGUGUUGUCGAAACAAACACGACGUAUUUUUUGUUCUCUGUCUAUGUAAUAGAAAUUAAGUACGUAAUCCCAAUAAUCUAGAACCAAGUGGUUAUGCAGAGCGAAUAAUUUAGCGUGGACAAAAGAGUACUGAACUUCGUCUGGAUACACUUUGUCGACCGGCUCUAGUAGUUGAUGAGAAAAAUGUGGUAAAGCUUGUAAAUUUAGCUUAUAACCUUCAAAAUCAUGAUCCAAAAGCCUUCGAUUGGGACGUAGUUCAAUGAGAGACGACAUAUUUUAAUAGCAAAAAUAAUAGAGUUGGUACAAAUAUGUUGCUUAUUGCACUAACACUUCACACACGAAAUUUGGCCAAUACAAAACAAAGCAAGCAAAGUGACAUUACAAUUUGACAACGACAAAUACGACAGUGACAUGAGUAUGUUAA